AUGGCCCUCCACUACCCUACGUCUAAGGAAGAAGAGCCUGAGCAGCAGCUACUAUCGACAUCGUGGAACGAUAUCGAUUCUGACCUUCCCACUGGUCAUACGCGAUGCAUCCCACAUAUCCCGACGAAUAUGAAACGCAACAACCGUUUCUUCUACUCCGACAGAAGACAUUCAGGCACUGUCCAACCUACUGAGGAUGUUCAUUAUCGUCUAUCCAUCGCCACCAGCGAACGUCGGGACAAUCGCUUCGCGUGGCUGUCAGACCCUAUGGAUACACUGGCAGGCACCUCCCUCCAUCCGGACGACACACUUGAGAGCCACUACUACAGCCUACCAUCAUCCAACCCCGCCUACGAUCCACACGGGGCCGAAUUUCACACAGGUUUCUCCAGUCACACCACCAUGCCUGUAUAUCAUGAACCAAGGGGGCAACACGCCUCGUUUUCCCCUUUCACGAAGGCGCCGCUCAAACGAUCAUCGCCCCUUUCCAACACAUCUCCCACAGAUCUUCCACGACCGUGUCUAUGGAGGGGGUGUCACAUUCAGCUCGACGAUGUGAGCGUAGGCGGGAUCAAACGCCACCUUCGCGCCUGCCACCACCAGGAUGCCGUCGACCAGCACAAGUCGCAGCGCGGAUUCUGCCAAUGGGGCGGUUCUAAGCCCUGCCAUCGUGAAAUGGACGUCGCGUCGUUUGGCAAGCAUAUUGCCUCCGUGCACCUCAGGAGCACAGCACACGAGUGCCCGUACUGCGGGGCUGUGAUCGGCCGCCUAGACUCGCUCAAGAGACACAUGGCGCACAACUGCCCCAAACGAGACGAGCUGUGCUGCUGA